GAGACGGGUCGGAUCUUCCUCCGCGGCGAGCCGCCCUUUCGGGAAACCUGUGACAUGUUGUGUCCGGAUGCUUUGGGUGCUGUGCCCAUCAACCAAGAUCAAUGGAUCUUGAGAACGUGCUUCGCAAAGAACGGGCAGGGCAUAGCGCAGAUCUUCGUAUGGGGUGAACAACCUCUGCCAGAAGUCAUCGAGCUGAAGCAAAUGGCAAAGGAGGAGGAGGAGGAGCGUGAACGCAUCCGUUUGGAGAAGCUGAAGCAGGAAGAGGAAGAAAACUUUGAUCGGGAUAUCCCCAAGCAGGAGGCAAAGAAGAGCAGCAAGGACGAGGCCGGGCGCACGUCAUCCAAGGAAGACGUGAAGGUGGAAGACAUGACCGAAGAGGAUGCGCGAAAGCACCGUCAGCUCCAGGCGAUGGAAAAGGCCAAGCGUCGCUUGGCACUUCGAUGGUUUUUGGGUGCCAAAGUUGGUUUAGGGCCAGUAGACCCCAUGGUGAUGAUGGCGCAAAUGCUCCAACAAAUGCAUGUGGCCAACCAGAACACCAUGCAGCUGAUCCAACAGAAUCAGCAAGCAAUGGAGGCCAGAGACGCAGCGAUGAGGCAAGCUUUGGGCGUGCAGAGAGAAGAGACGACUGAGUCCGUGAGAGUGUUGAGUGAGUCCUUGGCAAAGCUGGCACCCAAGGACAAGUCAGGAGUGGUCGAUGUUAAAGGAGUCGGCAAACCUGAGGUGCUCCAAGGCGAGACAAAAGAGCAAAUAAAGCAGAAGUGGCCUCUAUGGUCAUUUGGUUUCACGACGUGGUUCGUAUCCCAAUACGAACAAGCAGAUGAGAUGUUGAAGUGGGCGGCAGCCUACAACGGAGUCGUGGAUGAUCGGGCGAUAGAGCUUGAAGUGGCCACCAGGCCAGGAUGGGAUGAUGCUGCUCGAGUGAACCGGCAGCUACACACGGCCUUGGUGUCCUUGACCAAGGGUGAGACUCUGUCUAUCCUACGCAAUUCGUUAGCCCAAAGUGGACUUGAUGGAUGGAGGCGACUUAGUCGAGAGUACGAGCCACAGACCGCGCAGUCCAACUACCACUUGUUGGCAAAAGUGUUGAGGCCUACAAAGGCCAAGGACUUGUCGAGCCUACGUGGAGCUAUCGAGACGUGGGAACGUCUCUACACUCAGUACCAAGAGAGGACCAGUGACGCGUUGAGCGAUCCCACUCGUCGCCUAUGCCUUCAGUCUUUGUGCCCUGACUCUCUAGCUGAACACCUGGACUUACACGCAAGCAGACUCGCGAGCUACGAUGCUAUGAGGGCUGAGAUCGACACGUACUUGGACAUCAAGACGUCGGUUCCCAUGCGCAAUCCGGACGCCAUGGAUGUUGAUGCCAUGGCCAAAGGAAAAGCCAAAGGCAAGCCUGGGAAAAGCAAAGGCGGUUCCCAAAGUGUUGGGCCUUGUCACGCGUGUGGCCGUUUCGGCCACCUCGCGAAGGACUGUUGGGACAGGACCGGAAAAGGCAAAGGAACUGGCGGAAAGAACGGAAAAGGCAAGAAGUCUGACGGCAAAGGCAAAGGGUCCUGGAAAGGAUCCAACAAAGGUAAAGAUUCCAAAGGCAAAGGAAAGCCUGGGAUUAAGUCUCUGGAAGGAGAGGCGCAGGACUCCAAAGAAAAGGGUGCUGAGGCUGAAAUCCAAGCGAUUUUCGUCCUGGAGGAGAGCAAGCCUAAGUCCGACGAGGAAUCCAGUAGAGGAAAGUCCACCGGUGAAGGCCGAGGAAAAGGAACUGGGUCAACCGAGGCGUUUAUCCGCUCUCUCCUUACCAACCUGAAGUCGGUGGAAGCGCGAGAGAUUCACCGAGCCAAAGUCGAGCUGAGCAAAGGAGGAUCCGACGAGGAUCGUCAACGGAAGUUGGAGGACAUCCGCGCUGGCCACAGCGUGCGGCUGUCCAAGCGAAAAUGGAAAAGCCGCGUGCGAGCGGCAAAGCACCGUGCGGAAGGGUCCACCGAAAGGGCCUUUGAAAGAAAGGAGCUUGACAACAAAUGGCACGCCAAGUUCCGCGGUUCGACCGAGGAUGUCGAGUGGAAAGCUGGAGUGGACACUCGCCGCCAACACCAGAUCGACCGAUACGGAGGUCGGUUCGAAGGAGACCGGGAGGACUUGCGGCCUGACUUGGUGAUGAGGGCUCUGAACUAUAAGGAGCGGAAGGAGUUCCGCCAGGAGGACGAUGAGCCUCUGGAAGAAGUCAAGGUUCGCAAUUGGUCCAGACCGCAAUGGAUGAAGCGCAACACAGCCGAGGCCAAGCACAAACACCUCAAGAGAACGGGUUGGAGACUCAGCCUGUUGCGGCAACGGAGCAAGGCUAAACGGGCGAAGUUAUGGAAGGAAGGUGCCCAUGUCCGCGCACGGAAAGGGUCGCUUCGACCGCUUCCGGCGGACAAAGGGUCCACGAAGAGAGAGCCAGACUUCGAGUUGCUCGCAGACCAGGCCUGGGCCAGAAAGAAGGCCAGGAUUGAGGAGCCGAACCUGGAAAACCUUGUAGACGUGGCUUGGUCCAGGAAGGAGAUCAAGACCCUGUCGCAAAAUCUUGAAUCGGCAGAAGACGACCAGGAAGCCGCUGAGAUCGAAGAGGAGAUCAGGGUGCAUGAGGCCAAAAUUGCAUCUUUGAUGCCGAGCAACGAGCAGAGAGACGAGCCACCAUCCACCGCAUGUGGGAGCCGAGACGUGCCCUGCAACGACUAUGAGGAGGUGGUUGUCGAAGAGGAGCCUGUGGUUGGACAACCCGACGUCUCUGAGGAUGACGAUGAGACUUGGGGGAAAUGGAAACCGAGUCAAUGCUUGGUGGACUUGGGGUUCUCCAAACAGGAGGCCCAUCAUUUGGUGCGCCACUACCGUGACGAGGGCUCCGUGGAGAGCCUUGAGAUCUUCAGCGUGGACGAGCCGGCAAUCGACGGCGAAUGGGAAAAGGUCUACGUCACUGUCGACAGUGGAGCUGCUGUUACUUGCUUUCCGGAAUCCCUGGUCCAAGGUUACCAAGUGGGUGAUCACUCUGGGCCAAAGCAGUAUACCAGUGCUUCAAACCACGAAGUGACGGCGUUGGGAAGCGCCAGCCCUGUGAUCUGCUUUGAAGAUUGGCAGGUCAACAAGGUCGAGGCUGUGGUGCUGUCCCCUCUGAAGAGGCCGUUGUUCAGCACCAGCCGAAUGGUUGCGGCCGGAUGGAGGAUUGUCCACGACAGUGAAGAGAACGGAGGAUCAUUUGCCUUGCAUCGGGCAAGUGGAAGGAAGUUGAAGAUGAUCGUCAUGGGCGGUGUCUACAAGAUGCCCGUUUGGGUUAAGCGCAAGCAGGUUUUCGGCCGGCGGGGAGAAUUCGAAGAGGAAAGCCUUGUGCCUUCACCAAGUGUAAUGGAGGAUGAAUCGCAUCCGCCGCAGCAAGGAGAACCAGCAGGCGAGUAUGAGGAAACCGAGCCUGGGUUUGAAGUGGACGAAGAUGAGGCUCAAAGUGCAGGUGUCCAAAAGACCCCGAGUGUUGACGAACAGCAAAUUCCCACCAUAUCGGUGGAUUACUGUUUCAUGGGCGAUUCGGCCACAAGAAGUGCAGAUUUGCCUGUGAUAGUGGUCCGGGACAGAAGGACCAAGUCGGUGUGGGCACACCCUGUGCCUUCCAAAGGAGUUGAAAAUCCCUUCGGAGCCAACCAGCUGUUGAAGGACCUUGAGUCCACAGGGUACAAGCGUGUCAUCUUGAAAGGUGACCAGGAAAGCAGCGUUCAAGCUAUGCUGCAACGAGUUAAGAAUGGGUUCCAAGGGGAGUGCGUCCUGGAAGAGGCGCCUGUGGAAGCUCACGAAAAGGCCAACGGAGAAGCGGAGAGGGCCAUCCAAAUGGUCCAAGGAAUGGCAAGAACCCUGAAGGAGUUCGUGGAGUACCACGCCGAGGUCGAGUUGAAAGCUGACCAUCCUGCACUCACUUGGCUCGUGGAACAUGCAGCCACUCUACUUACUCUCUACCACAAGGGAGUUCCAAAGGAUGGAAUGACUGCCUAUCAGAGGAUGAAGGGCAAGCCUUGGAGGGUACCAAUCCCUUCUUGGGGUGAACUCGUGGAGUUUCGACUUCGCGGUCGGUCAAAAAUGGAGUCGCGAUGGCAGCCAGGUAUCUUUGUGGGGAUUAACCGUAACUCUACAGAGAAGGCAGUGGCUACCCCCGAAGGAAUUCACUGGGUAGUUAGUCUGCGAAGAAAACCGGAGUUGGCCCGGUGGGAUGGUGCCAUGUUGAAAAAGAUCAGGGGAGUACCCUGGAACCCGGACGGUUCCGAGAGUGAAAGGUUGGACAAACCCUUGUCCUUAAAAGCAGAAGUUCCAGAGGUCGACGUUCGGGAGCCUGAGCCGUUUCGGCUCGAGCCCGCGAGUAGGAACUUGUACAUAACCCAAAAGAACCUUGAGAAGUUCGGCUACACAGCCGGAUGUCCAGCGUGCGACAGCGCACGAGUCGGUAAGAGGAAGCCCGGAAUAGCUCACAGUGCCAGUUGCCGGAUUCGACUGGAGAAAGCGGUCUCUGAAGACCCCGUGGAGAAGGAACGAUACGAUCGAGCCUUGCUGAAGGCGGCGGAAGCCGAGUUAGCUGCAGCGCAGAAGCAAAAGGAGGCUGAGAAAGCGGAAGCCGUGGUGGUCGACCAGAAGGAAGCUGGUGGAGCUGAGGCAUCAUCAGCAUCGGAUCCUUCGAAGUCUGGAAGGAUCGGACCUGCUCUAACGGCAAGGGCCGCUUCGGCCGCUGCCGGAGAAGAGGUUAGCAGUCCCAAGAGGUCAGUGGAGACUGGCCCAAUGACCGAAGAGAGGUCCCCGACUAGGAGGCGAGCCACAGAAGGCAGCCCCUCCAAGAGAAAGCAUGAGGGAGGAGGCGAAGAAGAAAUUGAAGCGUCGCAAGAGGCGCGUGUGGUCGACACUCGCGUGAUCGACACAGAAGCCUCGAUCAAUGAGUUGAUUGAGAUGCACCACGAUGAGUGCGUGUGUGCCAUAAUCGAUGAGGCAACAGAGCGGGGAGAGACCCGACCGGUGUGUGAAGAGCCAGAUUUCUUCGAAGCUCACUUCGAAGAAUUCUAUGACGAUAUUUCCAGGAGAGAACUAGACCCCGACCGGGUGGUCAAAGCCAGGAAAGAGGAAGUUGACUUCAUACGCAAGAUGGGCGUGUGGCAAGAAGUGGACAGACCCCGUGACAAGCCAGUGCUGAAAGGCAGAUGGGUCGACAUCAACAAAGGUGAUUCCACCAAUCCCCGAUACCGUUCGCGGUAUGUCGGCAAGGAGAUAAAGAAAGGCAGCAAGGGUGCCUUGGUAGCCGAUUUCUUUGCGGCAAUGCCACCUCUCAGUAGCUUCAAAUUGCUGCUGACGCUCGCUAUGGUGGAUCGGUUCUUCGGUGUGGAUGGGACGGUUCGUGAAGCGGAUGCCAAGAAGGAUCGCAGCAUGACGCAGACGGACUUGGACAUGAGCGCCUUGACGCGCACGGCGGCCACCAUGGACGAGGAGUUCUCGGCGCCGGUGGAUCUGCUGCCACCGGCCUGGAUGAAGCAUUGCACCAUUGCGCCCGCGCAACAGAAGGGAUCGGAUCCGCCGCUGCCAAUGGUGAUGAAGCAACCGGCCAAGUUGAUCUAUCGGCAGACGCAGGAGUCGGAUCGGCGGCGCCUGGCGCGAGCCAAGAAAGGCAAGGACGAGGAAGCGGAGGAGGACGAAAAUCCGAAUGAAGAUGAGAGCCCAGAUGCAUCCUGA